AUGGAAAUUGCCAUUCAGCACCCCUGGUUCCGACGUGCACUGGGCUCCCUCUACCCCUCACGCCUCUUCGACCAAUUCUUUGGGGAGGGCCUGUUUGACUAUGAUUUCUUCCCCUACGUGGCUUCCACCAUUAGCCCGUACUACAGACAGUCUCUCUUCCGCAACUUCCUGGAGUCCUCCAACUCCGGCAUCUCUGAGGUGAGGUCUGACAGGGACAAAUUCACUGUCUACUUGGAUGUGAAGCACUUCUCCCCCGAUGAGCUGAACGUCAAGGUGGUUGAUGACUAUGUCGAGAUCCAGGGCAAACAUGGAGAGAGACAGGAUGACCAUGGCUACAUCUCGCGUGAGUUCCUCCGGCGCUACCGCCUGCCCUCCAGUGUCGAUCAGACAGCCAUCACCUGCACGCUUUCUUCCGAUGGCCUCCUGACCUUGUCCGGGCCCAAGAUUUCCAUGGGGACAGACUCCAAAGGCAGUGACCGCAGCAUCCCUGUCACCCGUGAGGACAAGCCCAACUCUACCCACUCCUCUUAA